UACGUCAUUAAAUACAGGCAAUAUUAUGGAUACCUCCAAUGAAUGUUUACUUAUGAAUCGGACGAAAUGUUUGAAUUCUGCAGGAUGGAAUAUUGUCAGCAUUACAUUUCAACAGAUAAACACAAAUGAAUGUUUUUUUGUGACAUGGAGACAAUUUAGCCGUCUUUGGCGUUCAUGAAAGCCUGUCUAAUGGCGGAGGAGGUGGAAAACUUCUUUGGCGUGUACAUGCUAUACUGCCUCAACCCCAAAUUUAAAGGGCGAAUCUACAUCGGCUUCACGGUGAACCCUGAACGCAGGAUUCGACAACACAACGCCGGGCGACACAAAGGAGGUGCCAAGAGGACCAGCGGUAAAGGACCAUGGGAGAUGGUCCUCGUCAUACAUGGCUUUCCCUCGGACAUUGCUGCCUUGACAUUUGAGUGGGCGUGGCAAAACCCGCACUCCUCCAGGCGUCUGGCCCACGUCUCCCGCCGCACCAGGAAGGAGUCCAGCCUGCAGUUCCACUGGCGCGUGGUCUCCAACAUGCUACGCGUGGCCCCAUGGAGCAGGCUCCCGCUGACGGCCCGCUGGCUCAAGCAGGAGUACAAGGUGGACUUCGAGCCCGCUCUGCGCCCACCGCCGCACGUCUCCGUCACCUUCGGGCCUGUCCGAGCCAAGAAGCAGCGGCUGGUGGACACGUGUGAAGAGCAGGAGGUGACUUCCAGGUGUUUUCUCUGCCAAGGCCUGGUCAUGACUCGAGAAAAGCUCAGUUGCGUCCACGCGUCGUGCGGAAUGCGGAGUCACGUGAUCUGCCUGGCCAAGCGUUUCCUGCGGCCCGAGCCGUCCCACCUUCUGCCCGUGGAGGGCCGCUGUCCGUCCUGCCGCCACGCCGUGCUAUGGGGGGACCUCAUCCGCCUCAAGCAAGGUUGCGCGGACUUGACCGCAUCCCACGUUUGCUCGUAAGUGCUAUUGUAGUCAUGGUGCCAGCAAUGAUUAUAAUAGAAGGUAUCCUGGUGGAUCAGGAUCCAGAUCACGUUGAAGAAGGAGGCGACACUGGACAAGAUCUGCAUCCCGAAAGUGGCCCUCAGCUAAACACACAAACACACACAACGUGACGUGGAGAAUCGACAUGAGCCCGUCGGCCAACUCACCGUAGGCAGGUGGAGGUUCUUUGCCGCUAUUGCGACACUUCCAGCAACAAUCACCUGUCACGACAACCAUACAAUUCAUUUCAGGGGAUUCGGAAUUGAUCGCUAAUUUAUCCGAGCGCAGUCCUAAGCGAACGCCUUCUUUGGGAUUGACUUUGACGUCGCCAAGGGUUGCCUCUUACCACAACUAAUGUGACGUAGUAAGGGACGUCGGCGGGAGGGUAACGGGUGGUGGACGGUAUGAUACUCUUACUCGCUAUCUGAUGCACGCUCAGGAGAAUCUGCGUUAUCUGACAUUC